UAUUUUCUAUAAAUAAAGCAGGAACACUUCAUGAAGUGCCACCAUGUCUAUGUGUGUGUAUAAAAGCGCAGAGAAAUUUCUCCAUAAGGCUGGAAAUAGUAAAUAUGUACACUGGAUUGGCUCAUAUGUGCAGCCUCAGAGUGCCUAUGUAUGUGUGUCUCGGGGCAAAGCAGCCCCGCCCCCAGCUCUGAUUGGCCAGGUCGAAGCCAUUUAUUCGCUGACAGUCCCGUCACAUGAAUGGUUGUCUAUUAACUUGUUCAAAAACUAUCUGGAGUUGUCAAGGCUCAGGCGGACGGAGGCGAAAAAGUGCAGUUUGUUGAUGCUUUUUUCCGGGAGAAGCGACGGGAGAAGUUUUGUGGACACAACAUAGCAGGGACCUAUUGGGAGAAGGCUCUUUGUCACACUCACACUCACUGUGACACACACUCAGAGAGAGGCAGAGAGAGAGAGAGAGAGAGAGAGGGGGAGAGAGAGUGUGUGGAGACGCGGCUUGGUGCUGGUUGUUUUUGUCCAGAGAAAAAGUUGCAGAGAAAUAUCGACAGGUAACUUUUUCGCAGCAGCCUCGCGGUCCUCCUCACUGUCCUGCCCUUCUGCGGCGCGUGGAGUUUGUCUCUUUGCUUUUUUCCUCUGCUCGGGAGCUCCCUCCAAAAAAAGCUGUUCCUGAUGUAUAACAUGAUGGAGACUGAACUGAAGCCCCCAGCCCCCCAGACCAACACGGGGGGCUCGGGCAACAACAACUCGUCCGGCACCGGCGCCAACCAGAAGAACAGCCCAGAGCGGGUCAAGAGACCCAUGAACGCGUUCAUGGUGUGGUCCCGGGGCCAGAGGAGGAAGAUGGCGCAAGAAAACCCCAAAAUGCACAACUCGGAGAUAAGCAAGAGGCUGGGCGCAGAGUGGAAACUUCUGUCAGAGAGCGAGAAGAGACCUUUCAUCGACGAAGCCAAGAGGCUGCGGGCCCUGCACAUGAAGGAGCAUCCGGAUUACAAAUACCGGCCCCGGCGGAAAACCAAGACCCUCAUGAAGAAGGACAAAUACACCUUACCCGGCGGGCUGCUCACUCCCGGAGGUAACGGGAUGGGAGGUGGGGUCGGUGUGGGAGUCGGGGCCGGGCUGGGCGGUGGAGUGAACCAGAGGAUGGACAGCUACGCGGCGCACAUGAACGGCUGGACCAACGGAGGCUACGGGAUGAUGCAGGACCAGCUGAGCUACCAGCACCCGGGACUGAACGCACACAACCCGGGCCAGAUGCAGUCCAUGCACCGCUAUGACAUGAGCGCCCUGCAGUACAACACCAUGACCAGCUCCCAGAGCUACAUGAACGGCUCCCCGACCUACUCCAUGUCCUACUCCCAGCAAACCACGCCGGGGAUGACCGCGCUGGGCACCAUGGGACCCUCCUCGGUGGUCAAGUCCGAGUCCAGCAGCUCCAGCCCGCCCGUCGUCACCUCGUCGUCCCACCGGGCCGCCCCGGGCUGCCAAAGCGGGGAUCUGAGGGACAUGAUCAGCAUGUACCUGCCCGGGGCGGAGGUCAGCGAGCAGAGCGCCCAGACCCGGCUACACAUGUCCGGGCACUACCAGAGCACCGUGCCCGGGACGACGAUCAACGGCACGCUGCCGUUAACACACAUGUAAGAGAGCACGAGACAGAAGAGAACUUUUAUAAGAGAAACUGUGGACUAUUAACGUUGGACUAUUUUUGUACAGAAAAAUCUCGGGGUGGGAAAAAGUUGUAUAGAAGUCUCCAGGAAAAAGGACUCACGACUCUUUUAUUCUUUCAUUUUAUUCUACGGAAGCUCUAGAGGAACAUAGGAGAUCCCCUCUUCACUGGUGGAUGAAGUUUGGAAGACUAGAAAGAAAGUGGGAGUCGCAAUCAAAUGUUUUAUUAUUGCAAUCACCUUUUGUACAGUAUUUAUCAAAGACACAUUACAAUCAGAUGAAAUUGUUUGUUCAACUGCAAGAGGUUGCAUUUUCUUUUCUUUUUUUAUAUAUAUAAAAAAGCAACGCCAGUUCUGCAGAAAAUAUUAAAAGUGAAAAUAGAACUGCAAUUUAUGGGAGCGAUCAGUUAUGCUCCAAACAUUGGAAAGAAAAGGGACAUAAAACCAAGCAGGUAAUACUGUUUUUUAUCAUUUAAGGUUACUUAACAUUUAAUUUCUUCUAAAAAUAAAAGAUAAGACACUUUGUUUCUCUCAUACAGCUUAAACUAUAGGUUGUUAAUUUAUAUUUCCGUCUCCCACUUUUCAUCUGUUAGAGGUAUGACGCUUGUGCUCUUUAUUUUCUAAUUGAUUUGUACAAUUUCUGUAUAUUUACUGUGAUAUUUUAAGUUUUUAUUUCCAAACAUUCAUUCCCGUAGUUGUAUUUUAAAAAUUGUGGCCUGUACGCAGAAGCCAACCACUCCAUGUAAAUAUCUACCGGAACUAAU